AGAAAGAAUCCUUUUCUUUUUCUUUCUUUUUUUUCUUUAAAUCAUGGAAAGCACAGUCCCCCUGCGCAUUGUUAGCCGUUGAAGCACUGAAUUCCUUGUUUUCAACAUAUACGCUCCCUCUCCAUCUAUUCUUUGCUUAUACUUUCCAUUCUUGAUUUACUUGAUUUUUCAUCAGUCAUCAAAGCAUCAGUUUUCUGUUAAUGGCUUCCACUUCAGCAUUUGGUCAAGGAGAACAAAAACGCAAUCCAUUUUUGGCACUUGAACCUCCCAACGAAAAGAUAAAAUCCUCAGUUACUCCAAAACGGUAUGAUGUAUUCAUCAACCAUCGAGGCCCAGACGUCAAAACAACUCUGGCUCGACAGCUCUACGAUUCUCUACAGCAAGCUGGGAUCCAAGGUUAUCUAGAUGAUCCAGAGACUGAACUAGGAGAUUAUUUUCCUUCUGCCAUAAAGAAUGCCAUAUCCUCUGCCACAGUGCACAUAGCCAUCUUAUCGCCACGAUAUGCAGAGUCUGCUUGGUGCUUAGCUGAGUUGGUUUUAAUGUUUCAAACCAGGGCUAGAAUCAUUCCCCUGUUUUACCAUGUUCAGCCUUCAGACUUCCGCUACAUCAAAAAUGGAGUUGCAGAUGCAUUUUCCAAACAUGAAGAGAAGGGCAGAUAUCCUCGUCAUGACAUUCAACAGUGGAAAGAAUGCCUGCAGAACGUUUCAGGGAUCAAGGGCUACGAACUCAAUGGGCAGAAUGACGAUCCGAACAAGCUGUGUGAUGACGUUGUGUACGCUGUGAUUAAGGAGAAGCAAAAGAGAAAAAAUCCUUUUCAAGUUGCAAAAUAUGAGGUGGGACUUGAUGAGAUUGUGAAAGAUUUCCACAGCCAUUGUCAAAGAAAUGGGCAGAUGAGAGAUAAAAUAAUUGGCAUCUUUGGAAUGGGAGGGUCUGGCAAGACCACUCUCGCCAAAUAUUUGUUCAAUCACAAACAUUCAAAAUUUAGUGGAUCAACUAUUCUGUUUGAUGUGCGGGAAAAUGAUGUCAAAGAUGAACUGACUUCAUUGCAAGGUAAACUUCUCCAUGAUUUGUUCCAUGAAAAUCAUCAUAAAUUUCUAAGCAUAGAAGAUGGAAUCGCUGCUAUCAAGGAUAACCUUGAAAAGAGUCCAGAAUCAAAGUUCCUUGUAGUUAUAGAUGAUGUUGAUCAUCAGAAGCAGUUAGAUGCCCUGUUAUCCAUAGAUUCUCUCAAUCAGAACAGUUUGAUUAUUGUCACAACUCGUGACGAGAGGCUUCUUAUACAAGCUGGAGUUAGAGUCCGUUAUAAGAUGAAAGCAAUGAAUGCAGAGCAUAGCAGAGAGCUCUUCUGCUGGCAUGCGUUUCAUAGACAAUCUUGUAAAAGCGGAUUUGAGAAUAUGGUGGACAGCUUUGUCCAAGAGUGCAGAGGUUUACCUCUUGCUCUUCAAGUUAUGGGCGGGCAUGUUUUUGGUAGUGACAAGGCUUAUUGGAGCAUACAAUUAGAUGUUGUUAAGGAGGCAAAACUACACAGAGACAUAAAACACACGCUUAAAAUAAGCUAUGAUGCUCUAGAAGAGGAUGAAAAGCAGAUCUUUAUGGAUAUAGCGUGCUUUUUCAUAGGAAAAAAGGUAAGCCAGGCCAUCAGUAUAUGGAAGGCUUCGGGCUGGAGAGCCGAAUAUGGACUUCAGACCCUCAAAGACAAGUGCCUUGUUGAAGAGCAAUUUUGUCUUGAUUUGGGAAAUACCUAUCAAAAAUAUGCAUUUGAGCCAGCAUUUGUAUUGGUAAUGCAUGACCACCUCCAAGACUUGGGAAGAGAAAUGGCAGAUAAUGAAAUGACUCAUCCUCGUCGGCUGUGGCGUCCUGAAGAUCUUGUUGGAAUCCAGAACAUCAAGGGAUUGCAAAACAUCCUAACGGAGCCCGUAGCAAUAAGUUUCAGAUGUUCCAGUCAUAUUGAGGAAUCUGGUCUUUAUAUGGCAUAUUUUCUAGAGAGUUCAAAGACAUCAACUAAUUUACAAUGGAUUCAACUUCACUCUUAUCAUGGAUAUCAUCCGUUUAUUCCUGAAUGGAUUCCUCUACAAAAUUUGCACACCUUAAGUCUUGAAGGAGUAUCACCUGCGGGAUUGUCGCAAAGGGAAGACCAGGUUCCACUCAAGUUUAAAGAGCUAUAUUGCAGCUUCCAGGAGACGUGUUUUUCAGACUCCAAUCACGAUAUGUUUGUGAACGAUUUAAAUGAGCUGGUGAGUUCGCUUGGAAGGUUCAAGCAUGUGAAAAGUCUGCGCUUAGAAUUUGGAUCUAAAUUCUUAGAGUGGAAUAUUGAAUGGAACUCCUUGCUAAAAUCUGUAAGGGAACUUACCAAUCUGAAAACUUUAGAGUUGACAUCCUUUAAGAUAGAAGGGGAAAUUGUUUUAAGCAACAGGGGAGAGACAACUGAUGAUCGGUUCCAUAUGAGAAGCCUUGAAGCCAUAGCUCUGUGUGGUGCAUUGGAAACAACAAAGGUCUCAAUUAGUGGACAGUUCUGUCCCACCCUUAAGUCUCUUAAGCUUUAUUCUAUGAAAGAUCUAAUUGAAGUGAAUCUAACAGGGGUAACCACACUGGAAUGUCUGGUGUUGUUGAAAUGUAGAAGGUUGAGAAAAGUAUUGGGUAAUGAUCUGUCAAAACUUGAAAUGUUCCGCAUAAAAUUAUGCUGGAAUAUGAGAGAGUUGCCAAAUUUUGGGUGUUUCAGUUGUCUCAAGAGGAUCUACAUUAGCCGCUGUCGGAAUCUGCAGGAUAUAUCAGCUAUUGAAACAUUGAAGGGAUUGAAGAGGAUCUGGAUUUCUUAUUGUCCAGAGCUAAAGAGUGUAAAAGCUAUUGAAAACUUGAAGGGAUUGAAGAGAAUCUGGAUUCAGGAAUGUACACAGCUGCGGGGUGUAAUUUGUUGGAAAGAAUUGAGGAGGUUGAAGAGAAUCUUCAUUGGGGAUUGUCCAAGUCUGCAGAACAUAAAAGGCAUUGAAUUUUUGAUAUGCCUGGAGAGCAUUAUCAUUGCUAAUUGUCUCAAACUGCAGAAUAUAAAGGGCAUUGAAAAAUUGAAAGGACUGAAGGAGAUGAUUAUUGCAGAUAGUCCUAUUAUGAGUUGCGUUAACAGGUUGCAGAGAUUGCCGUGGGAGCUUACAAUCCUAGUGGGGAGAUCGAAGAUGCCUAAUUUAAUCGAAGAUGAGGAAGGCGUCAGAUUCAGAUCACCCAUGUCAUAUUUUAGCACAGAUAAAAUUGGCAACGCAUUGUCUAUGGCGGAUGCUUUUUGUGAAACAGAUUGGGAGGGAAAUAGUAAGGAACAAGUAGAGGAGAUGAUCCAUUCCUUUCAUAAAACCCAACAUUCUCUCACCACCUUCAUCUUUUUCGCUUUGCUUUAUGGGUCUCCUCACACAAGGAGCGAUAUUUGUAAUGGGAGCAAUAUUAUCCUUGAUUCGUAUUUUUGCCUAAGACAUCUAUCUCUCUGUUUUGAAAAUACGUUGAUAUAUUCCAUGAUAUAUACGUGCGUGGUUAAUGAAGAAAGGCUCUCAAAAUAUGAGUCCUGGAUGCCCAAAUCCUGUAAAAUAAGGAAGGCGUAUUUAAUAGGAGUGAAAGCAGGAGAAGAAAGGAAAACCCUCCACAUAAUGCAAAGCCUAUCUGCUCAACUAUACGUUGACAAUAGUGAAUAUGCUCAAGAAUUGCGGCAUGGUAUGCUUGUUAACAAUAAUGAGUUUUUGGACGAUGAUUUUGAGGACAGUGAUAGUAUUGAUUAUGAUGAUCUGGUUGACUAUGUUGAUGACGAGGAAGAAUAUGAUGAUGGUGAUUACAAUGAUAAUGUGAGCGAAUUCUAAUUGAAAAUACUGUAAAAGAUAAUGUAAGUGAUUUUUGAGGCCCAUUCUUAGUCAUGUAAAUUUUUUAUUUGAAGUAGAA